GGCUCACAGAACAUCACCCCCGCCAUCCCCCAUGCGCCCGGCUGUCGCCGACUAUCGCGACACCACGCACCCCCCUCCCCGCCUGGCCGCAGGCAGCGACGCCCGCCGGUCUCCAAGGUUACCUCAGGCGGGAUCUCGCGAGACUGCCGCCCGUGGAGGGAAGCGAGAGAGGGAAGUCUCGCGAGAGCUGCGGGCGGGGCCGCGCAGGUGCCGUGCGGGCCGUGGAGGUCGUUGGAGUCACCGGUGCCGCCGCCGCCACUCGCGCCCCGCCGUGCCCGCCAUGCUGUCCCGCCUCAGCACCGCCAGCGCCGCCGCCACCGCCCUGCGCCGCGGCAUCGCCACCUCCGCACAGAACAAUGCCAAGGUGGCAGUGCUGGGUGCCUCGGGGGGCAUUGGGCAGCCCCUGUCGCUGCUGCUGAAGAACAGCCCUCUGGUGAGCAAGCUGAGCCUCUACGACAUCGCUCACACUCCAGGCGUGGCUGCCGACCUCAGCCACAUCGAGACCAGAGCCAGUGUCAAAGGCUUCAUGGGACCUGAGCAGUUGCCAGAAUGUCUGAAGGGCUGUGAUGUUGUUGUUAUUCCAGCGGGAGUCCCAAGAAAACCGGGUAUGACCCGUGAUGACCUGUUCAACACCAAUGCCAGCAUUGUUGCCUCUUUGACAUCUGCCUGUGCAAAGCACUGUCCAGAAGCCAUGAUCUGUAUUAUUUCUAACCCAGUAAAUUCAACCAUCCCAAUAGCUUCAGAAGUUUUCAAGAAGCAUGGUGUGUAUAAUCCCAACAAAAUCUUCGGUGUUACAACACUGGACAUCGUCAGAGCAAAUACUUUUGUGGCUGAACUAAAGGGCUUGGAUCCAGCUCGAGUAACUGUUCCAGUUAUUGGUGGCCAUGCUGGGAAGACCAUCAUCCCUCUGAUCUCUCAGUGCACACCAAAAGUGGAGUUUCCUCAGGAUCAGCUGGAGAAGCUUACAGCAAGAAUUCAAGAAGCUGGGACUGAAGUUGUCCAAGCUAAAGCAGGAGCAGGAUCUGCCACCUUGUCUAUGGCCUAUGCUGGUGCUCGGUUUGUGUUCUCCCUGCUGGAGGCCAUGAGUGGAAAGCAGGGGGUUGUUGAAUGUGCCUUUGUUCGAUCAGAUGUGACAGAGGUCCCAUACUUCUCUACACCUCUGCAGCUGGGGAAAAAAGGAAUGGAGAAGAACCUAGGCCUUGGCAAGCUCUCCCCCUUUGAAGAGAAGAUGGUUGCUGCGGCCAUGGCUGAGCUGAAGGCUUCUAUUAAGAAAGGAGAGGAAUUUGCAAAGAACUUCAAGUGAAGACUUGACAAUGGGGAGGAAUUAACUUCCUUAAUUUAUUAAGGCAUCAUGUCACUUUACGACUUCUGAUUCAAAGCUCAUGCUUUGAUUGAAGUCUGUCUGUAUUAACUUGAUGCUUGUUGCCAGUGCAGUCUAAUCAUCAAUAAAACGGCCUCAUUUUUUCAGUGUA